AAGGAAAAUCUCCCAUCUCUGUCUCCUCCGCUCCGCUCCGCUCCUUGCGCCGCCAAGACGAGUCGCGGCUGAACAUAACAGGGGAGGGGCGGCGAUCUCCCUCUCCAUCUCCAUCUCCAUCUCCAUCUCCAUCUGGCGAGCAGAGCAGGGGAGGGGAGGGGAUCCUCACCUGGAAAGUGUGGGUAAAGCGCAGGGCAACAAGAAAUGGCAGCAUUCCUGAGGUCAAAAUGUUCGUCAGUUGGACGUACCUUGAUGGGAGGCCUUGGGAACAAUCUAUUUGGAGCCGUUAACUCAUCUGUUGAAACGGUGUCAAGACCAUCUCAUUGUGAUCCUAUCUUUCAGCAAAUCAGAACAUUCAUCCAGAUGAGAACAAACCUAAAGGUGGUAGACAACUCUGGUGCCAAGCGCGUUAUGUGCAUCCAGUCCUUGAGGGGGAAGAAAGGAGCGAGGCUCGGGGACACUAUAAUUGGAUCUGUCAAGGAAGCACAGCCUCGUGGUAAGGUGAAGAAAGGAGAUGUGGUCUAUGGAGUGGUUGUCCGUGCUGCUAUGAAGCGAGGACGCAACGAUGGCAGCGAGAUCCAGUUUGAUGACAACGCGAUUGUCCUUGUGAACAACAAAGGCGAGCUGAUUGGCACUCGUGUAUUUGGUCCUGUUCCCCACGAACUCAGGAAAAAGAAGCAUCUCAAGAUCCUAGCGUUAGCGGAACACAUAGUUUGAGAUGCUUACAUACCUGGCAACCUACCUGUUAGUUCUGCAGAAUGAAAUGAGCAUGGUGCUGUCUCAAGAGUAUUCCACCGUUGUUUUGAUCAGUUCUGUUUGCAAUAAUGUACCCUCAAAAGAUUAAAUGAGCUGAUGCCCUGCAGUCAGUCCUAGACAAAUCAGAUUCUGUACUACUAUUUAACCUCUGUAGUAUUGCAUUCCAUUCAGAUGGAAACGCAUACAUUGCUUAUGUUCUCUUGUUAAACCUGAAACUGCAACUGAACUCUUGUGCUUUCUGAUCUCAAAGUGUUUCGGUUCAUGUGUUA